AUGGAAGAGCUAUUACAGCGUGAGAAAAGACCUAAGCCAGCCUCAAAAUCUGGGAGAGCAAAAUGGUCCUCUAGUGGAUUCCCUAGAGAUUAUGUCCUACACCAUAAGUCUCUUCCGUAUAAACUGGAGCCUGUUCCAAAAUCCCCGGGCCGCUUGGCAGAUAACCUAUCCGGCAGGUGGAAGGGGGAGGACGCUUUGCUGGGCACAGAUAGGAUUCAGGCAACCCAGACAGCUGCGUCACAAGCAGUGUGGGCAGCACCCAAAUAUCUUCAAAACGUUGGACAGCAUUGUUCAGAUAAGGAACCAUUUAGCCCACUGAGAACCAAUGCUUGUGAGGAUACAGACUUGUCUAGGAAUGCAGUCCUUCAUUUCUUCAAGGAGGAAGUGCUGGAUAGCCUGGGGUUGACGGAGCCACCCAUUAAACAACCCAGUCAAAGAGAAUAUCCAGGGCACCCGGCUUAUAAACGAGUGCGACGGGAUACCAAGGCAGAAGAGAGAAGCCUGCAGAUGGACACCUCGCAAGUCAUUCUGCUCCCCAGCACAGAUUGUUCCUGUGCAUCCUCUGAAGGUCAUGGGGCACCAAAGGACUCCCGUCACUUGACCUACUCUUUCCAUCCUUCUGAAAACACAGUGAAACAAGCAGUAAUAUCAGCCCACUUCUGGUUUUUCAAAGGGAAGGACUUAGCCGAUCAGCAGACAACAAAUGGAUCUGAUGUGAUCUUUAUAAUCAGUGGUGAUCAGCAACCGCUUGAAGCAGCAGAAAGACCAGAAUGGUGGUCAGAUGAUGGGUGGGCAGUGUAUCAGUUUAACAAACAUAUCCAACAUCAGCUGACACGAGGGCCCUUCAUUGUUGACAUACAUUGCCAGAGCUGCAGUUGCCACUCCAACCCUGACAAAAUCCCAUUUCUCCAGUUACAAACACGAGCAAAACGCUCAGACCGAUCCCGAAGAUCGAUGAUUCCUUGGUCACCCACUGCCAUUGAUCUACUUCAGCGACCAUCUCCGGACAAAGUCUUAAACAAUUGCCACCUGACAGAAGUGAACAUCUCGUUUCAAGAGCUUGGCUGGGAUAAUUGGAUUGUCCAUCCAAAAUCUUUUACAUUCCAGUAUUGUCAUGGUAACUGUUCCACCUUGGACCAAAUGGCCACCAUUCUAGGCCUCAAACAGUGUUGCGUUCCUGUUCCGGGGACCAUGAAAUCACUCCGAUUUCGAACAACAUCGGACGGUGGCUAUUCUUUCAAAUAUGAAACACUACCUAACAUCAUUGCAGAAGAGUGCACUUGUUUGUAGAGAGGGACGAGUGUUCUGAUAUCAAUUGAUGGUGCUCAAUAAAGCCAAUAUCACAGAUAUAGUGAGAAAUCAUACAACUCUUAGAUCUAAUUAGGCAAUAAGCUUGAGCAACAUUAAAACUUCAAGUUGAGCAUAUUUCCUUUCCAGCUUUGCUAUGAUUUUAACUCAGUUUAUAGCUAAUUAUUUACUUUAAAACUAAAAUAUGUUUAAAAUGUUUAAAUCAAAUAAAGUGUGUGUUUUGUACUAAUAGAAAUUGAAA